UUUUAUUUUAUAUUUUCAGACAUUCUCCUAAACGGUACUACGCGUAAUUUCCACAAAACACAUAAGUCAACUUCUACCUGGAUGAAAGAUUGGUAAAAUUUGUGCUUUGAUUGAUCUGAUAGUUUAAAAAGUGCUGCAAAAUACGCAAAAGUUAAGAUAAAAUGCUCCCUGAAACGCUAGUCUUUGGUAUUGCACUACUAAUAACCGGACUCAUUCUGUUCCUGCUGAUUUACUUCGUGAUCAUUUUAUCCGACCUGGAGUGUGACCAUCUGAAUGCCCAGCAAUGCUGUUCGAAGCUAAACUGUUGGGUGGUACCGAAAGUAGCGGCCCACUGUUUCGUCUCGUUUAUCGUUCUACUCAACGGUAGUUGGAUACUGUUCAUCGCGAAUCUUCCAAUGAUUGGUUGGCUGUUCUACGAUCUGUACAAAGUGCCCGCUGGUAAUUUGGGCAUUUACGAUCCCGCGGAGAUUCACAACCGCGGUAUGGUGAAAAAGCAUCUCAGAGACACAAUGAUCGGGCUAGGGUUUUAUAUGAUUAUAUUUUUCGUGUAUUUAUACUGUAUGAUCAUCGCACUACUGAAAGGAGACCCCAUUCGGCGACACGAAGAAGAAGAGUACAUAACAGAUUUCUAGCCAUCGAUGAAUCAGCUUGGUCCAAUGACCAGGCAACGUUUCAGAUUUUAGAUGUGAUUGCACUUUUGGUUCCUGCUUUUUUUACGAACUUGUGUAACGAUUUAUUAUUUGUGUGAUUAGCUAGUAUUUUUCGUACAGUAGAAAUAUCGACAAUGCUCACUAGUGAUAAGUGUACCUACGUCUAAUCAAGUUUAUUUUACUGUUCGAGCAUCACAGUUUUAUAGUGAUUCGUUCAGAGAAUUUGUCAAUGAGUAUUUUUCGAAAGUUUUGAACCAAGCUAGAAAACCAACUAGAACUGUUAUUACCGUUGACCAGUGGUCUAAGUGGUGUUAAAUCAACCCUGAAAUGGUUUAAAACUGAAAUACGACAUGAUAAAACGGCGUUGAAUACUAAAUACAUAAUAGCCACAUACUUGCUAUUCGUUUUUUUUUUCAUUUUGGGUUCCAAUUAUUGUAUCAAUCCAAAGUAUGGCCGCUGAAUACAGUUUUUCGUAUCCCGUGUGCUACAUCGUAGUAAACCAUAAGCUGAAUUUCGGGUAUUAAACAUAGAGUUAAUAAAAUAACUUUUUUAAACUAUUAAA